AUGUGGAGGCACGCCCUGUUGGGGACGGCGUCACUUGUGGCCGCUUCUCAUAGCACUCCAAACGUUGCAAAGAUCUUCAGAGGACAAUGUACAGGCUGCGCGCUUGCCGCGCUGAACCCAGUGACGACAUCUUACGAAUCUGUUAUCUUUGGCAACUGGACAAGCUUGGUCGUGACUGAGACCAUUCUCACACAGUUUGUCACUUACUUGAACAAUGCUACAAUCGACACGAUCGUCACUGAGACCAAGACCAUCAAUCAGACAAAGAUGGUGAAUGGCAUCACCGAAACCGCGGCUGAAUUCAAUAUAUACCUACCAUCUCCUGGAUUGUAUCUAACUUUGGAUGUUGGACCAACCUACGUACUCUACACAGAUCUGUUUGGUGGACCUGACGCUGCCGUAAACGUCAAUGCCACAGCACGCAAUGAUGAAACAUACAGCAAGCUGCUGCCAACGUCAAGCACUUGUCAGCCCCACGUCACGAGUCUGAGAGACUGGUUACCGACCAACACUGUAGAUUGGGACUUCUUCAUCCAGACCUUUACCAACGGAUCGACGCCAGAACCGACACCGUACAACAGCGCUGUACCGGUACCUGACAAGUUACAGAAUUUCCUGGCUCAAGAUCCGGAGAUUCAGCAGCACUUUCAGGGAGCUGACAUCGACACUUGUACUUUGGCAGGUAUUGCGGAUAACCUCAUCGAAGAUCCCAACAGGACAAUUAGCCGACCCGCUCCGACGACUUCUGCACCAUUAAUGACGUUCUCACCGUUUCCUACCUUCUCUAGUCUUCCGGGUACCAAUACCUUCCUUUCGACAACAUUUGAGUCGACAUCGAAACACAUAACCAAGCUAGGAUGUCUAAGGUGCGACACAAAAAAGGGCGACCUACCACAGCCGAAGCCAACACUGCAAGAUCCCAACUCAAACAACAUCAACAAUGAUCUGGCACUCCCACAAACGCCCGAUCCGAAGAAGAACGAGUCGCCUACGUCGAAGGAUAAUACAAACAAUAACAAUGGCCAGAAAACUGAAGGUCGACCGCAAGGCCAGCCCCAGAACACGCCUCAGAAUCCCUCAAGCCCAAAGCCUGACGUGAAGACAACACCAAGUAUACCAGAUUUCAUCAGUUCAGUGGGCUCUGAUAAUCCUGAAUUGACAAAGAAACCGGUCCAACAACCCACAGAGUCUGGACAAAAAAUAACUAUUGGCAACAGCGUAGUCACUGUGAAGCCUCAGCCGACGCAGCAGGGACAAGGCGGGCCAAAUGAGCAGAAAAAUGCGCCUACGAUGGUCAUUUUUGGGACCGAGACGGUCACCUUUGGUCAAACUACAACGAUCAACGGUGUUCCAGUUGUUGUACCCUCCAACGGAGGUGGUUCAAAGAUCAUCGUUGGCGACCAGACUAUCACUGUGGGACCCCAGAUAACGCAAGGACCAUUGCCGGUUCUUAAGAUUGGGCAUAGCACGAUAACCGCUAACUCGCACGGCCAAUUCGUUGUGGGUACUCAGACACUGCAACGAGGGGGUCCAAUGGUAGUUGUAGAUGGUAACACACUCACACUAGGUCCAAAUGGGAAAAUCGCGAUAUGGAAUGGUGCCACGCAGACCCUCGUCACCAUGGCCGGCCAAGCGGCUGUAACUUUUGGCGGAGAUGCCGGCCUCCCGGCAUUGACAGUCAAUAACGUCCCAAUCACAGCGAGAGUAGUGGAUGGUACAACCGAAUUUGUUCUCGCGCCGGGUCAGACACUCACACCAGGUGGUGAGAUCGUGGUCAGUGGCACCACAUACAGCCUGCCAACCGCUGGUCAAGGCUCAACAGUCUUCAUCAACGGCGCAACAUCUCGUCUGAAUCCAUCGCACCUCCCCGUGCUGGCACUGGGUAGCGAUGAGGCAACUGCGACUAUUUCACACGGCACUACAGCAUUUGUUUUUGGAUUAGACCAGACACUCACACUCGGUGGAGUGGUCACAGUCUCAGGCACGACAUUCUCCCUUCCCGCAUCAGCUUCGGGGUCUGUCGUAGUGAUCAACGGCGUCACGUCCACACUUGGCUCAGGGUCAAGUAUUGGUCCCAUAACAGCGGCGCCUCCCAUCGUCGUGGAUGGUAAAACUGUCACCGCAACGACGCGCGACGGAACAGUGGAGUACAUACUUAACUCUGCCACAACACUGCUGCCAGGCGGCGAAGUCAUCAUCGACGGAACGACAUACUCGCUUGCGCCUGGCAGCACGGCGCUGGUCAUCAACGGCAAGACGAGUUCUCUUUCAACCCCCGCAAGCAACAGCGCGAAUACAACAAGCAGCAUAGAAACGAGUGAGCGCGGCGCAGGUGAUUUCAUCGCCAGCGGAAUCGGAGAAUCGAGUAAGAGCAAGGGCGCAGGGAGCUGGGCCCAUGGCGGAGGAGCCGAUAAGUGGGUAGAAGGUAUGAUGAUUGGUAUUGCAGGGUGGCUUUUGUGGCUGGCGUGA